AUGAACUAUCUGAAUCCCCUCCCAUGGACCAGCCCUGCCAAAUGGGCCUGGCUCUCUUUGACUGCCUUUGCCUCUCUCCCCGGCACUUUCAACCGGACAAUCUUCGAUGCGCCGUGGACAGCAACUGUUUCUGAUCCUGUUCUUCAAGAGACAUUAACAUACCUAAACACAACCGACUUCGUCGCCUACACCCCCGAUUUCCUUUCCAUAAUCGGCCCCAACGCUACCAUCGAACACGUCCAACAUCUCCCCUACCAAUCCCACGAAGCACCCUGCUACAUCCCCUCCACCAAGCAGCUCUUCUUCGUCGAAUGGGGUCCCCCGGGUGGCGAGAACGGGACUCACACCUGGCAGUAUCUACUUGAUGUCGAGACGAACACUCUCCAAAAGAUAACUACAUCUCCCCCCACGGUGAAUGCGCACGGGUGCGUCCAUUACGAUGGACAGAUAUAUGUUGUUACGGACGGUAGUGAGAGUGAGAGUGGGUAUGUUGCGAGGAUUGAUUCAGUCUCGCUGAAGAGGGAGACGGUGGUGAAUAAUUUCCUGGGUCAGCCGUUUAUGGGGUUUAACGAUUUGGAAAUUGACAGGGAGGGAGGGUUUUGGGUUACUGAUUUCAGGUCUGGUUGGGGCCGCGGUAUCAUACCGUAUACACCCCCCACCAACCCAUCCAUCUACUACAUCAACUCAACCACCCUCCAAACAAAACUCGUCCACACCACAACCGGCAACACAAACGGCAUCGCCAUCUCCCCUGACAGUCAAACCGUCUACAUCCCCGACACAGGCGUGUCUGAAUUCCGACCCAGCGCCAAAAACCCAUACGGGAAGCGCGAGGUGUGGGCAUUCGAUGUCUCCUCUGGCGCGGUGUUAUCGAAUAAACGCCUCCUCGCCAGCCCGGUGUCAUAUUUUUAUGAUGGAUUGCGUGUGUCGAGGGGUGGGUGGCUUUUUGCAGGGUCAGGGGACGGAGUUGAUGUGAUUGAUCCAGUGACGGGGUUUGUGUUGGGGAGUAUUCGUGUUGGAGGGGGGAAGAAUGUCGCUGUGAAUUUGGCGUUUGGGGAACAUGAAUUGUGGAUUGUGGGGAGGGGAGGGGUGUGGCAUGUUAAGAAUAUUCAGCAGCGAUUGGAUAGAGAGUGGUAG